UUAUGGCUCCCCCUCCUCACGUCCAAAGCUCGUGACCCUUGGGGAAAGAAAGGGCAGCUGAGCGAAAAGCGACUUCGAUUUUGCACCCAUUUACGGUCUUAUAUCAGAUGUAACCAUAUAACCACUGUGUUUCAUGUAUGGAUUGGCGGGGUGGAUGGAUGUCUUCUGAGAUGUUUAAUUAAUAUAUUUUUUUCAUCCUCCAAGUAAACCAAGCUCGGUUUCACGUUUCCCUUUCAAGAAGGUACGAAUGGUAUUUCUCUAGAUUUGAAAAAGGAAACUGCAUCCAGAGGCAUCAAUAAAGACCUCCAACACCCUCAGCACAAUUGAAACAUCUUUAUGGGUAUCUCACUCUAGCCUUCAUUUCAUACUUCAGACGAACAGACAUACUCAACACAUCAUUACCUCACUGUCAUCACCGUGCACCAUCAUGGCUCACUGGAUUUCUACCCUCCUCAUCUUCUUACUGGCACCUGUCUGGUCGAUUGCAGCCCCCAUGCACCUAGUAUGGUCUAACUCAUCAUCAGAACUGGUUAAUCAGCGACGGGUGUCUCGUCUUCCCUUUGGUGCCGUGAUCGACAGAUGCACUGUCCCCGGCACGGUUGCCUUGACCUUUGAUGACGGCCCGUUCAUUUACACGCCUGCCAUCCUUGAUAUCUUGCGAGCGAACGGGGCGCGGGUCACCUUCUUCCUAAAUGGGCACGGCCUAGGCAAGAUCUACGAGAAUGCGGAUGUGGUGAGACGGGCGAUCAACGAGGGACAUCAGCUGGGAUCACAUACCUGGGGCCAUCCAUAUCUGACUACGCUGGACUACCCCACGAUCGUCGCCCAAAUGACCCAGCUUGAGACUGCGUUCCGGGAUAUUCUAGGCUUCUUCCCGACCUAUAUGCGGGCGCCAUAUCUGAUGGUGAACGGCCUGGUGCUGUCCAUCAUGGCGGAGAUGGGGUACCAUGUCAUUGGCGCGAGCAUCGACACCAAGGACUACGAAAAUGACAACCCAGGACUCAUCUGGCGCAGCUUCGAGAAGUUCAAGUCCGAGCUGAACGCUGGAGGGAAUAUCGUCCUGGCACAUGAUGUCCAUGAGCAGACGGUCCGGACGCUGGUCCAGAACAUGCUCAGCGAGAUCUACGGAAGGGGAAUGCGAGUGGUUCCUGUUGGCGAAUGUUUGGAUGAUCCACCUGCUGAGUGGUACCGAGGGAGUCGUUAG